CUUUUCAACGCCAAUGGACAGCAGAGAACUGGUCGCGGCUUGCCAGCUCGCUGAAGGCAGCGCGUUCGGCACCAUCGCUCUCCGCCCGGAGCCCACCGCGCAAUCGAACACCAGCGUCGCUUCUGCAGGAAUGGCGAUGGACGGGGACAAUAGCUUUGCAACGCUGCUCCAGAGCGAGCCAAGUCUGUUUGGAUCGCAGCCGGCAGCAGCAGUCGCACCUCCCCAGCAUCUCACAGCUGCUGCCGCAGCAGCCCCGCCCGCAUCGCAGACACCACGGUCUGCCUCAUCCCAAACGCGCCAUCGCCGUCGCGAGGGUCUCGAGCGUGUCAAGCGGCAGCUCCGUCUUUGCACGAGCAGCGAGCAGAUGAUUGAAAUGCUGGACGGCGCGGUUGGAUCGCUUGCUUCGGUGCUCAAAGCCGUCGCUUCAGCUUGCAACGAACUCGACAUGGAGCACCUCAAGGUGGCCGCAGUGUGUCAUGUCAUCCGCAAGCUCGACGCCGACUUGGGAGAGGAAGCCAAGGGCGUCUUGGACGCUCUGCAUCAUGUGGUGAACGCUGUCACCAAACCAUGGUCACCAACAGCAUUGGCAGUCCUUGUACAUAUGGUGGUCGCGCUGAAAGGCGGGGACACGUCUCCGAAAAGCAAUUACCCUGCCGUUCAAUCCCUGCUUCCUCGUCGUCGGAGCUAUGCCUCUCUCGAUCUUCUGCCUACCUUGAUUAGCGCUGUUCUCAAGGUUCCCUGGAUUUCAUGCGACAGCCCCGAAGUCACAGGACUCACGAUGAAUGCAGCCAAAGGGAUGGCGGGCGCCGAGUUUAAAUCGUUGAUUGUCAACCAAAUUUGCUCGUGUCGUUGGGACGACAUGGCUGUGACCCCGCUCGUGGCGACCUUCCGACGCCUCCCGCUGACAGAGGAGGAGCUGCAUUUCUUUGUCGAGAAAGUGAUUCGGAGGUUGAAAGAAAUCGCCCUCAUUGAGCUUCCGGCGCUCGUGUACCAGCUGCUGGUCCUCAGCAUGAAAGGGGAAAAGCUCUUCAUUCUCAAGGGCAUUGCCGAGCACAUGGAUUCGCUUCACCGCUCUCGUUUUGGCAGCAAGUCGCGACCUGUCCACCAAGAGGAAGAGGAUGCAGAAGGCAUCCAAUCUGUUUCGUCCACCCCAGAAAAUGUCAUUGCGACCGACGGCACGGUGCUGCUGCACCUUUCUUAUGCCAUUCGUCAAGACCAAGAGCUGGGCAAGGCCUAUCUCAAGCACCUCAAAAGCUGCGACUGGACAGCCCUCACACUCUUCAACACGACAUUGCUAUUCACGAUGGCGAACAUUGAGGCGUUCCAGGAACAAGUUUACGAAUUUCUGAAGCGACGGCUUCUUGAUUGGUACAUUGAUCAAGAGACGCAGAAGAAGGCACCAUGGCUCCAAGAUCCCUCCUUGCAAGAGAACGAUUUGGAAGAUGUCGUCAUGGCAUCUCUUCGACAUUGUCAUUCCGCGUCCGACGCUGCUGUCGAGUCGAUUGUGCGCUGGGGGUUUGCAUUGUUGGAUCAUUACGGACCUAAGGCUGCCAGUGAUACCAAGGCCUCGACAUCCAGCCACGCAAUGUUCAUCUCUCGGCUGGCAAGCAAGCUUCUGCUCGAGGCAUUUAAAAUUCACAGUGCCGCGCGUCCCGAUAUUGUCGAGUUUCUACUGGCACGCGUGGUUGUCAAGUCGCGCUCCAGCGUGACCUUCAACGUGGAUUUGCUCCAAACCAUCAUGUCCACUGCUCCUCAAAGCGUACUUGAGCAUGUGUCCAAGAUUCAUGAUGCGCUGGAUUACUUGUCGUACAUGUGUCCUGCCGCCGCCGAAGGACUGCUGCUUGCCAUUCAGCCGCUGAUGGCGUUGAAUCGUGCACUCCAAGAUUCGGUCAUGCUUAUUUUGCGCAAGUCGUUGUUCUCUCGAGAUUCAGACUCGCGAGAAAUUGCCGUGACUGGCUUUUUGCAAAUUCUUCGCGCAGCCGGCGAGCGGGCCGUUGUCAUGCAAUCCCGUCAAGCGCACGCAAUGGUGGCCUCGUCCCAAGCCUUUGCCACCGGUUCCGCUUCGUUUGGAGCCGCGCAUGAUCAUGUCUCCAUCUGCUUUGAAAUUAUUGGCACCGUUCGACGAUGCUUGACGCAGCAAUCCUCGGUGCGCCUUCGGUUGUACAACGGGCUGGCGACUGUCGUGGCCAGCAACGUGGUUGGCAAGUCUGAGAUUCUUGACUUGCUGCAUCAUCAGCUGGCCGGCUACCUGCCAAACGACAACACCAGUCGAGCGCCGCUUCGCUUGAAUCGAUGCAUUGAGACGUCCGGGGCCGGCGAUGUUGCAAUGAGCGAGCCAAUUGGCGCGCUUCUUCUCGCCACACUACAGAGCCACCAGGCAUGCAAAGCUGAGCUUUCCCAUCGCAAGGCCGCAGCAGCCCUUGACGACGAGUCACAGAAUGCGACGCUACACGUGAUCAAUAGUAGCAUUGAUACGAUGCUCCACCAAAUCCUCAAUAGCACCCUGGAAGAUUGGGGAUUGGAUUCUGCCGCCGAGUUUUCGCGCAAUUCCAUCGCUGGUGCUCGUAACUUGCUGACAGCGGAGCUACUUCAGCAAAUCUAUGAGAGCCUCAUCGAGCACUUUGUGCGACUUCCUCAACUUACCAGUGAUACGUGCGUCAAACUUGACCGGCUGUCAAAGUUGCAUGCGUCUGUUGGAGCACUGAUGGCCAACGGCGCGAAAGGCAAGUCCGGCGCCGCUAGGAGCAAGGGGCCUGCUCAACCAGCAGCCUCGGCUCUCUCCACCGAGGCAAUCUCGCGGUUGGCACACAUUCUGUUUGACACGACAGUCCCUGCCCCGCAGGCGGAUGUAACGCGGCUGCGUAGCACCAACGACUAUCUGCGCCGGUUUUCCAUGUCUCUCUGCGUGCAGUAUCUUCAGCAGGCCCAAGCAAAUCCGAUGGCCUUUGCUGGAGCAGCCAAGUACGACACGCUGAUUGACAUGACGCGCAUCAUGAUUGCCUUGAUGGUUCAUCAUGCGGCAGCAGAAGGCGGGGAAUCCGAUCGAACCAUGAUGAAUGGCGCUGCGCUGUGCGUGGACUUGGCGCUCGACCUUGUUCUGCGAGAAUUUCCCGACCAGUUCUCCGAGUUUUUGAGCGUACUGAAUGUACCCCGCUUUGGUGGCAACGUUACUGCAGGCAAGGACGACACAGAUGGUCGCAUUCAUGGCUGCAUUCGGCAUUACCUGCGCGUGAUUGCAUCCUUCUUGACGUCCGACAACCCUGCCAACAAGCAAAUCGCAGAGCUCGUGCAGAUUGUCACCAAGCUGGCCGGAAAGUUGCUCCCAAACAGCGCCCGCGGACAGCACUGUUUAGAAUGGGUUCUCAACACUUUUUCCUCUCACCAUCUUGAAGACUCCAAUGUGACGAAGGCAGUAACGACCCAAUUGUUAACGUUGGCUCGCCAGCAGACUCAGUAUCUGCCUCAGCUUCCGCAAGUUUGUGAGGCGAUCGCAGCGGUGCUGGGAAUGCGAAACAACGAUGUAACUCCUUCGGUUUCGCCCAGUGGUGCCGAAAGCGAGUUUGCGGCCGUUCACGCGGGCACUGCCCAGCACGUUCUGAAUGCCACUUUGGCCUUUUUGAACGACCUUUUUGACGAUUUUGAAUGGCUGGUUGACAAGUUGACUGUUCAGCUCGUCAACGACGGACUUGCGGCUUCUAACCACCGGUCUAACAAUCCAGAAGGAGAGCAGGCAGUGGCUUACAAGCCGCGACUUGAGCAGCUUCAUGCCGUUGUCUCCACCGCCGUGAAAGCUGUCUCGACGCUUUCUCAGAUGUCUCUGACAAACGUGGCAGCGGAGGCGGUCUUUAAAUCGGUCAACCGGUUGUUUGUGUUCCUGACCAAUCUUGUGAAGCAUCACCUGCGCGUCAAGACCGUCCUGCACAUCAAUCCUGCCGGAUCCUUCGCGGACCUGGCGAUUCUGACGGGCUCAUUUUCAGAAAACGUGUACGGGCUGAUUACCUUUGUCGAGCAAGAAGGAGCCGAGCAAGAUGUCGGCAGCAAGAAGGGGUCGUCCAACAAGGCACGCAUCGGCCGCGAAAGCCGUGUGAUUCCGAAUACCAUCUACAGUAUCGAGCAAUUCGAGCGUUUCCUCAUUCAGCUCUCCAAGAAAGCGUCGAUCAAUUAUAUGCGCACUCACAAGCGCAGCACGACACGCGACUUUCGCAUUUUGCACAAGGAACUUGAGACGGCCGUGCGAGAGCAGGAGGAGGCUGUAGAGGACAGCAAACAGACUCGUAAAUCAAGCAAGCGGCCGAACGAGGAAGCAGGAGACGACUCGUUGGAAAACCAAACACUGAACAAUUUGGGACUGGGCUCAAUGCUGCCCCAGGCACCCAUAUCUUCCGGCAACAGAGUAGCCAAGCAAAUGCGAAUGAUGGAGUGAAAUUGUGGGAAGAACAAACCCCGGCUCUGUGCAUGCGAAAAAAAAAAAAAUACAGUUCAAAUACCCAGUUUCA